AUGAACCUCAAAGAUAUUACCGAUCCGUCGGAUUUUAAAACCACAAAAUUGCCUGCAUUAGCAGAGCUAGAUAUUUUAAAGAGGUGCUAUAUAUGCAAAGAUCUAUUGAAUGCACCCGUGAGGACACAAUGUGAUCACACGUACUGUUCACAAUGUAUACGAGAAUUUUUACUUCGAGAUAAUAGAUGUCCGCUUUGUAAAACAGAGGUUUUUGAAAGUGGUCUAAAACGUGAUCCAUUGUUAGAAGAGAUCGUCAUUAGUUAUGCCUCCCUUAGGCCUCAUUUAUUACGAUUAUUGGAGAUUGAAAAGGUGGAAUCGAAGCAAGAGGUAGAUCGUGAGAAAUCAGCCAAUGAGUCAGCGCUGAAUGGUAAUAGAAAUGUAAACAACGAUGUUGACGAAACUGUGCGCGUUAAAGAUCAACUGAAUGCAGAUGAACUAGGUGAAGAAAAAGGGCAAGCUCAACAUGGGGAACAAGUAAACGAGCAGACUACUGAAGUUAUUCUGUUGCUAUCUGAUGAUGAAGAGAAUGGUUCUGAUAGCCUAGUAAAAUGUCCUAUUUGUUUUGAGAGAAUGGAAUUAGAUGUACUACAGGGAAAGCAUAUUGACGACUGUCUAAGUGGAAAGAGCACGAAGAGGACGCCUACAGACAUUUUAUCCCCAAAAGCCAAACGACCGAAGCAAAUCACCUCCUUUUUCAAACCAACAAUAGAUACCAAAACGCCUUCGCCACCUACAAGUAAGGCGUCAACAACUCCAACAGCAACUCCGACAACUACAUUGUUGAAAGCAAACGUCUCAUCUCCAUCCCCAGUGGCGCAAAGUACAGUUCACAAGGGCAAGCCAUUACCUAAACUCGAUUUCAGCAGCUUGAGUACUCAAAAAAUUAAAGCCAAGUUGAGUGAUUUGAAACUACCCACAACAGGUAGUAGGAAUGAAAUGGAAGCCAGAUACUUGCAUUACUAUGUGAUUUAUAAUGCCAACCUUGAUUCCAAUCAUCCUGUAAAGGAAUCUAUUUUGCGACAACAGUUGAAACAAUGGGAAAUGGUGCAACAUCAACCGUCGUUUGGUGAUGCAGAGUGGAAAGGAGCUGAAACUGGGAAUUGGAAAGAACUCAUUGCAAGAGCACGGAGUAACUAA